CGAAGAGGAGUGGUCAGGAGGGCUGGGAGCCCGAUGGGUAGGCUGCUGCACCUCUGUCCUCACCUGCCCUGGGCCCCACGUGGGCCCCCACGUCCCUCCUGGUGCUUCUCUGUCAGAAGCCGUGAGCCACUCCCGCUUCAUUCUAGGAGAGAGACGGGCGAGGUUGGGAGGUUGGGAGUGCCAGCAGUGUGGGAGGGGACAGUGUCCCCCUCACCCCAGGGUCCCAACAUUUCCGGCUGCACAGGACAGGUGUUGUCACCACCCGAGGACGUGUUCUUUCUUCCCGGCUCAUCAAGCAUGUAAGUUUGGACAGGAACCUUAUUUCUGUAGGGCUCGGCUUCCUCGGGGGACGUUGAGGUCACUCCCCCUCAGGGACCCAAGCCUGCAGGCUGGCCUCUGGGGCACUGGUCCGCGAGCUUCCAGCAGGUGCUUCCUGCCAGAACGCUUCCAUGGGGCCAAGGCAAGGACCGCAAGGGCCGCCACAGGGCCGUUCCCCUAACCAACGCUACAAACCCAAGAAGGUUCAGGAUGGUGGUGGCCAGAAGUGGGGGUGUGAUGGCCCCACCCCUGGGAGGCUGGAGGAGGAUGCUGGCCCAGCCCCUCGAGGGCCCCAGGAGCCCGGGCAGCAUAGGCAGUGCGAGGCAGAGCACCGCUGUCUGCACCAUGUCCUGGGCUCCUGUCCUGCUGGUGCUCCUCGCCCACCGCGCAGGUUGUGGCCCUCAGCCGGUGCUGAAUCAGCCACCGUCUGUGUCCUCGUCCCCUGGAAGCACAGUCCGCCUGGCCUGCACCUUGAGCAGCGACCACGAUGUCAGCCUUUACAGCAUCUACUGGUACCAGCAGAGGCCUGGCCACCCUCCACGAUUCUUGCUGAGAUAUUUCUCCCAUUCAGACAAGAGCCAGGGCCCCAGGAUCCCCCCUCGCUUCUCUGGAUCCAAAGACUUGGCCAAGAACACAGGGUAUUUGAGCAUCUCCCAGCUGCAGCCUGAGGAUGAGGCCGUGUAUUUCUGUGCUGUGGGGGCCCAGGGCUGGGAGAGGGAGAGGGAGAGAGGGGCAGAGAAGGAGCCUGCUGCUCCAGGGCCCCAGGCGCCCCAGGACACGCUUAGCUUGAACUAA